CUGAAAUCUGUUUCAAAAAGUAAUCAAUUUUUUUUGCAAAUUUACCCUUUCUCGAUUCCGUUUGUACAUUUCGAUUUCAAUUACUGUAGAUUUUCUAUUAGGGUUCUUCGUUCUUCCAUAGUCCAACCUUCUAGUAAGUACAAACUGCUCCGCCCUUUGAAUCCAUUUUUCUAUGCCAUUUUUGUUGAAUCUAGGGUUUUGAAUGAGGAAUUGAAGUAAUUUAAGAAGAAUUGAUGAACCAAUUUCGUUUAUUCGAUCGAAUUCCCGAUAGUUUGGUUCAAAAUUUGGGAUGUUAGUGGAAGAAGAUAAUACCACCCCACUGCCGCCACCGCCACCUGUCGCAGCCGGAGGUGAUGAUCGGAAAACAUAUUCUCGGUCAGUUUCAUGGGCUAUCGCCGGCAUUUCACCUGUAAAACCGAACCCAAAAAUCCCCAAAUCACUUUGGCUUAAGGCAAGAUCAUGUCUGCCACCCCUUUCGGUUUCCCGGCCAAAAGCGGACGAGUGGCCCAAGGCGGGUUCCGACGAUCUCGGCAUUUGGCCGAAUAUCGCUGCCACCCCUCGAUCCGUAUCCAAACCCGCCCCUCUUCCCGUAAAUGUUGAUCGAUCCCGAUUCGAAUUCAAGAAAGAUAAGCUUGCUUAUUUCGAUAAAGAAUGCUCGAGAAUCAUCGAUCACGUAUUCCUCGGGAGCGAUUCCGUUGCCAAGAACCGUGAGGUUCUUUGCCGAAACGGAAUCACCCAUGUGUUGAAUUGUGUCGGGUUCGUAUGCCCCGAGUAUUUCAAGAAAGAUUUUGUGUAUAGAACACUUUGGAUUCGAGAUAGCCCAAAUGAGGACAUCACUAGUAUCCUUUAUGAUGUUUUUGACUACUUUGAGGACGUCCGCGAGGAAAAAGGAAGGAUUUUUGUUCAUUGUUGCCAAGGGGUAUCAAGAUCAUCCUCUCUGGUUAUUGCAUAUCUAAUGUGGAGUGAAGGUUGGAGUUUCGAAGAAUCUUUUCGACGAGUGAAAGCGGCUCGAGGAGUCACGAAUCCAAACAUGGGUUUCGCUUGCCAGCUUUUGCAGUGCCAGAAACGAGUCCAUGCCGUGCCGGUAAGCCCAGAUUCCGCUCUAAGAAUGUUCAGGAUCGCUCCGUAUUCGUCGUAUUCCCCCCUUCAUCUCGUGCCGAAACUGUUAACAGAACCUAACGCGAACGCUUUGGAUUCGCGUGGAGCGUUUAUUGUUCAUGUGCCGAAUAAUGUUUACAUGUGGGUCGGAAAGAGUUGUGUUUCAUUGAUGUUUGAAAGUGCGAGUUUAGCGGCGGCUCGGGUUAUUAGAUACGAAAAGGCGAUUGGUCCGGUUUUGAGGAUCAUAGAAGGGGAAGAACCGGCGGACUUCUGGUGGGCAAUCUCGAGUGUAAAAGAACACGAGAUGGAAGUUCGAGGUGGUUUAGGUGAAAGGAGAGUCGUUGAUUACGAUCUAGACUUUGAGAUUUUCGACAGAGCCACCAACGGUGGGGUGGUUCCGCCAUUGGCAAUCACGAGCAACCACCACGAGAUGUGUUUGCCGGCGAGACAAAGUGGGUGGGAAAGAUUGAGGAAAAGGUCCAUCAACGGUGUCGUGAAAGAGCUCGUUACAAUGGACCGUAGCCAUAAAGAGUUGGAAUCAUCAUCAGAUUUGUUCUCUUUUCUCGUUAAACGAUUCAAGAAAGUUGAUUAACUUAUAUCCUUUAAUCUCGCUCCUCCUAGAACGACGAUGUUCGAAGAACCCGCUAAAUGGGUCAAAACGGUUUGACACGAACACGAAAGAACUGAAGCAAAUCUGAGCUUGCUUGCCGAUAAACAACAUGAUUUGGAUGUUCGAGUGUCGGGCGGUGUUUCUUGUGUUGGUGAUGGCAGCAACGGUGGCGCCGGUGGUAGUAUUAGGUGGUUAAUGGUUGUUGAUUGGUGGUGAUUUUCUUGUUAGGUGAUUUGCUGAAUCUCUAUGCUUAUAAACAUAUCAUGUUCUUUGGUAACUUUAUUG